UUCGUCGCCUUCCGGAGUGUUUGAGAAAGAAUAUGACAUUUAUCGGGAUUACAGUGCAGAAGGUCAACUCCUCCACUACAGAACAUCGUCCCUGAGAUGGAACGCCGGCACCAAGGAACGGAUGCUGAUCAAGGUGACUGACCGCGAGCCCAGCUUCCUUAUGCACCAAGGCAACGGCUACGCACCCGAAAACCAACCGGGCACCCGUUCGCGGCGACCUUCAGGGGGCCAACAGUCUCCCAACCUCCAGACCUUCGCCUCCGACUCCGACAACUCUGUUUUCUUCCCUGAGAGAAAGCAAUCACCCUUCUUGAAGAGGGCUGAGCACAUGGGCAGCUGCUCACCUCUGCUCGCCCAGCACCGCAAACACUCCAGCGAGUCGCAGCCCUCCUCGCCCCGCUACGCCUACGAGCCUCCCCUCUACGAGGAACCCCCCAUGGAGUACCAAGCUCCCAUCUACGACGAACCCCCUGUGGACAUGCAGUACGAAGCCAGCGGGAGCUACAAAGCCGGCUCGCCACAAAAAUCGCCCGUCCGUAAACCUCACCCCUUCCUUCAGUCGCCCAAGCAAGGCUCCAACUCGCCCUACCAGCAGUUGGUACUCACCAAACAGAAGUGUCCCGACCGGUUCAUGAGCCUGGAGUACAGCCCUGCCGGCAAGGAGUACGUCAGGCAACUGGUCUACGUUGAGCAGUCGGGCUCCAGCCCCAAGAUGAAGACAGGGUUGAGGCAUAAAUAUUCACCCAACCCCAUUGGUGGCUCCUACUCGCUGCAGCACAGCCCUUGCCUGGUCCGUGAUCAACGCUUGGAGAUCAAAUCAGGUGACUACAGCAGCAUGGAGGGACCGGACUUCUGCCCUGGCCCAACAGGUGGCCAAGUGGCCCAGGGUGAGGACUCCAUGUCGUGGUCUAGCCAACAGGACACUUUAUCCUCCACCGGUUACUCACCUUCCACCAGAAAGAGGAAAAGCCGAAAGCCUUCCUCGUCGCACGACCCCAACACUUCCUCCACGGACGGCUCGGGGGACCGGGAGGUGUUGGGUGAGCAGAUGCUGAGCGAGGAACGAGCCACCCCGGGACCCAACCGGUCACCAAUGAACCGUACAGAAAGCAAGGCGGUGGAGGCAGAGGCGGCGCGGGGCUUUCCGGAGCCAUUCCUGGCACAGGCACGCUUGGCUUGGGAAGCCCGACAAGCCCACUACCACAUGAAGCAACGGAGCAGCUGGGAUUCCCAAAAAGACGGUUCAGGCUAUGAGAGCGAUGGUGCUCUCCCUUUACCCAUGCCGGGUCCGGUGGUGCGAGCCUUCAGCGAGGACGAAGCAUUGGCGCAGCAGGAGAACAAGCACUGGAAAAGGAACACCUUCGAGAAGCUGGGCUUCCCCCAGAUCCUGUUGGAGAAGAGUGUCUCUGUCCAGACCAACCUGGCCUCCCCCGAGCCCUACCUGCAUCCAUCUCAGUCGGAGGAUCUCGGUGCCUGUGCCCAGUUCGAGAACAGCAGACAGACCAGGAACAUGAUGCCCAGCGCCAGCUGUGUCUUCCCAACCUUCAACCUCCGGAAGCCCUCCUCGGAGACGGACAUUGAGAAUUGGGCCUCCAAACACUUCAACAAGCACACCCAAGGGCUCUUCCGCAGGAAGGUGUCCAUUGCCAACAUGCUAGCCUGGAGCAGCGAGUCCAUCAAGAAACCCAUGAUCAUGACCAACGACCGCAACGUCAAGAAGGAAGCGUGCGAGAUAUUUAAACUGAUUCAGAUGUACAUGGGGGACCGGCGGGCCAAGACGGACCAGCUCAACGUGGCUUUGGAGAUCGCCACCAAAGGCUGGAGCAUGCAGGGUCUCAGAGAUGAGCUCUACAUCCAGCUGUGCCGGCAGACCACUGAGAACUUCCGUUAUGAGAGCCUGGCCCGGGGCUGGGAGCUCAUGGCCAUUUGUUUGGCCUUUUUCCCACCAACUCCCAAAUUUCAUUCCUACCUAGAAGGAUAUAUUUACAGGCACAUGGAUCCAGUGAAUGACACUAAAG